GCAGCUGGGCUUUGUGAAUCGGCCUUUGUGAAUCGGGCAGGGGGAAGGCGAGGCCAGGCGAGGAGAAAAGGGGGGGCAGCAGCAGCAGCUGGUCCGCCAGCCAGCCAGACAAAGGCAAGCCGAGGAAGGGGCCCCGCCAGCCAGCCAGCCUCCCGACCGACGCCGUUUCCCCUGCGCGCCCCGCCAUGACGGCCAACGGCACUUCGGAGUCGCUCCAGAUCCAAUUCGGCCUCAUCAACUGCGGCAACAAGUACCUGACGGCCGAGGCGUUCGGCUUCAAGCUCAACGCGUCGGCGCCCAGCCUGAAGAAGAAGCAGAUCUGGACGCUGGAGCAGGCGGCCGAGGACUCGACGGCCGUGUACCUGCGCAGCCACCUGGGCCGCUACCUGGCGGCCGACAAGGACGGCCACGUGAGCUGCGACAGCGAGGCGCCCGCCUCGGCCGACUGCCGCUUCGUCAUCCUGGCGCACGACGACGGGCGCUGGUCGCUGCAGUCGGAGCCGCACCGUCGCUUCUUCGGCGGCACCGAGGACCGCCUGUCGUGCUUCGCGCAGAGCAUCUCGGCGGCCGAGAAGUGGAGCGUGCACCUGGCGCUGCACCCGCAGGUGAACAUCUUCAGCGUGACGCGCAAGCGCUACGCGCACCUGGCGGCGGCCCGCGACGAGAUCGCCGUGGACCGCGACGUGCCGUGGGGCCUCGACGCGCUGGUCACGCUCGUCUUCCAGGAGCAGCGCUACAGCCUGCAGACGGCCGACCACCGCUUCCUGCGCCGCGACGGGCAGCUGGUGGCGCGGCCCGAGCCCGACGCGGGCUUCACGCUGGAGUUCCGCGCCGGCAAGGUGGCCUUCCGCGACGCCGACGGCAAGUACCUGGCGCCCUCGGGCCCCAGCGGCACCCUCAAGGCCGGCAAGAGCGCCAAGGUGGGCAAGGACGAGCUCUUCGUGCUCGAGCAGAGCAGCCCCCAGGUCGUGCUGCGCGCCGCCAACGACAGGAACGUCUCCAUCCGGCAAGGAAUGGACCUUUCUGCCAAUCAGGAUGAGGAGAGCGACCAGGAAACCUUCCAACUGGAAAUCAACAAAGAUACGAAGAAAUGCACCUUCCGGACCUACACUGGGAAAUACUGGACCCUGACCUCCAAUGGGGGGGUGCAAUCCACUGCCUCCACCAACAGGAAUGCCAACUGUUACUUUGACAUUGAGUGGUGCGAUCGGCGUAUCACCCUGAAAGCGGCAAACGGCAAAUACGUGACAGCAAAGAAGAACGGGCAGCUGGCCGCCACGGUGGAAACAGCCAGUGAGACGGAGCACUUCCUCAUGAAGCUGAUCAACCGGCCCAUCAUCGUUCUGCGGGGGGAGCAUGGCUUCAUCGGCUGCCGGAAAGUGACGGGGACCCUGGACUCCAACCGCUCCUCCUACGAUGUCUUCCAGCUGGAGUUCAACGACGGGGCCUACAACAUCAAAGAUUCCACUGGGAAGUACUGGACGGUCGGCAACGAGUCCUCCGUCUCCAGCAGCAGCGACACGCCGGUGGACUUCUUUUUCGAGUUCUGCGACUACAACAAGGUGGCCAUCAGAGUGAACGGGAAAUACUUGAAAGGCGACCAUGCCGGGGUCCUCCGAGCCUCUGCCGACACAAUUGACCCCUCCACCCUCUGGGAGUAUUAAAAGCACUUUAGCACUUCCCUCUCUCCCUCCCUCCCUCCCUCUCUCUGUGUCUCCCCUCUUCACUUUCAGUUGCCAAUUUCUGUUGUUUUUUCCUGUUCGGUUGCCUCCGUUCCUAAAACAGAGAGGCUCCCUUCCUUCUCCAGCUGUCCUGCUGCUUCUCUCCCGCCGUAGAAGUUUUGGGUUGAUCUUGUCUCUUUGAAACUGGAAAAAAAAAUGGAAUUAACCUGCAGAAAACGGUGCACUUCUUGCGGGGUGUGUGUGUGUGUGUGUGUUGCUUUGUCGGAAUACCAAACCUGGUCCUCUGAAUUUAAAAGGGAAUAAAUCCCACUAAAGUAGAGCAGCCCCUGCCACCCCCUCUGUUGGCAUCUCCCCUGAUGCCAAUUAUCUGGGGCGAUUCUAGUAAUUGACCUAAGCCAAGAAGCAAGCGAACCCUCUGCUGUUUCCGCUUUCUUGGUUCAAUGCUGGCCAUGUGGAUAAGCCUGAAAAGGGGGUUGGGGCGGUCUCCCUUCUUCUGUAGCCGGUCAGGAUCUGUCCGUCUCUCUUUCCUCUCUGGCUUUCCCAUAAAUACUUCCUUUUCCUUACUCAGGCAGAGAGGCCACCUUGUGUCUCCCCCCCCCCCAUGAAGUGUCAGGGGGGACAGCGAGAUGGAUGGUGUGUGUGGGAUAAGUCAGAGGGUUAGUUUAGAGACCGACUUCAGCCAGCGAGUUAAGUACAGUUAAUGAGGACUAGAAGCUUUGCCCACAUUUUUAAAAAUUAGCGAGCUGCUAAGUGAUUCAUCUCAUCGGGGGCUGAGCUUGAGGAAGAGCUCGCCCUCCGUUGCUCUUAAGUGCCCAGGGAGCAUCUCUUGAG